AUAAAGUUAUAAAAACAGAUCAAAGUUUACCUGUACAACGAAAAAACGAUAUCAUAGACAGAAAUUGAAAUUUUGAGUGAUUUAAACCCUUUUCAGUAUAAGUCAUGAAUUAAACUUUGAGAUUGUCCCCAAAAUCAAUAAUGAAGUGCCUCAGGUGAAACUCUCAAUUAUAACUUCAGUAUUUACGCGGAAAUGGCGAAUGCAAGUUCGUUUACAAAAUACAGAAGUUGGAGUACUGUGUCGGAUGAUCCUAAUGAUGUAGGGAGAAUUUAUACACCCGAUACUCCAGCCCAAAAGAAACUUAAAAGAACUUUUAGCACAUGGGCAUUUUCUUUGAUUAUUUUGAGCUUAAGUGUUAUGUUUUUAGUCGGAUUAAUGGUUGGAUAUUUUUUGAAAGAAUCUCAUGAAGAUGAAAGCAGUUUUGGAAAAAGAAGAGAUAAAAUUGACACUCACAUGCUCCACUCUGUACAUGAAAACAUCAUGUAUUUUAUUUCAAAUGACAAUGUUCGAAAAAUAUCAAGAGAUUUGAAGUUACUAAAAGAUGUAAGACAAACAGAAUAUGUAAAGAAAGAAUUACAGACAUAUGGAUUGGACCGUGUAGAAGUCCAGGAAUAUGAUGUAGUGGUGACAUAUCCAGAUCCAGAUAGACCAAAUCAGCUAGUAGUCAUUAAUUCCUCUGGCCGGGUGGUGAAGAAUGUGACACUGAGUAGAUCCAAGGUCACCAAUAAAGUAGAAGAAAUAAUUGAGGAUGGGAGGGGAGAAAAUGUUAAAAGGCUGUCACCAAAUGAAGUUGAGGGAGAGCUAGUAUAUGGUGAUUAUGGUAGAAAUAUAGACUUAGUGAGGAAGAAUAGAUCUAUGUCUCUCCAGGGCAAGGUAUUAAUGAUCCGACAAGGAGAAGUAUCCAUAAAAGAAAAGAUUAGAAAUGGGAUGACCUUUGGUGUGAGAGGUAUAUUGAUACAAAAUGCAGAAGAGGAAAACAUAGCUGACAUCACAGACUGUCUAGAUACAAGCCAACAGUAUCCAUUUCCAGUACAGAUAUUAUCCAGAAAUAUUUCUGAACAGUUACUGAUGAUUUAUGCAACACAAAAUAGAAAUAUAUCUGUAAGAUUGGUGUCAAAUUAUAUACAGAUUACACAGAGUGUCAAGAAUGUGGUCGGCAGUAUAACAGGAGAUUUAGAAAGAGAUAGAUUUAUCCUGAUUGGAGCCUCUAGAUCACAUCUACAAGUAGGUACCAGCUACCUGUUAGAGCUAGCCAGAAGUUUUAAAGACAUGCAGAGAGGAAAUGGAUGGACUCCAUGGAGAAGUGUUAAAUUUUGUUCUUGGGACCAUGAUGGCAUCUCAGAUUUGGGUUUUAGUCAGUACCUAAAGAUGCAGACUAUGUCCACUCAAUCCUCAGCUGUAGCAUACAUUGACCUUGACCUUGGACAGAUCAAUAAUGGAUCCCAUUGGUUACACUUAGCAGGAAGUUCAAUGUUCUCUGACCUUGUCACCAGUGUGGUAAAGGAGGUUCCAGAUCCAAAUAAUGAUAAUUUAGUAUUAGAGAACACAUGGGAUGGUUUGUUACACAGUAUGAAAACAGAGACCAGGAUCCAGCAGUUUGGUGUACCAGUCUUUCAUGCUUCUGUAUCACAGACAAAUAACCUAACUCAGACAUCAGACGAUGAUCACCACCACAUGUACAGUCUAGCAGCAGCAAGAGUUGCUUCCCUUGUAACACUUAGACUUUUGGAUGAGGAACUUCUACCAUUCAAUAUAACCUUCUAUACUAGUAAAGUUUAUAAUGCUAUAAUAAAAACUGUGAUGUUGAUUAGAGAAAGCAGUUCAAAACUUUUAAGUACAGAUAGUAUACUAGAACAAGCAAGUGAACUGAAGAAUGCAGGAAAGACAUUUACUGAAUACAUUCCACAACUUUUAAAAUCAAAGGAUCGUUUAGCAGUCAGAAGAAUUAAUGAUGCAAUAAUGAAAUUACAGAGAAUACUAUUAAUGCCAAAUAAAUACAGAUCUCAUUACUCUAUUUUAAAAGACAGUAAAACAGAGGGACUUUCGUCUUCCAUUAAAAAUUUGUUACCAUUAGCAACUGUAACUAAUGACUACAGCCAAAUACAAUGUUUAUUAAAAAGCAUUGGACAAAUUUUACAAGAAGCAAUAUUUUGUUUGCAAAGUAUUUGAUGUAUGUUUCAAUACUGUGAUUUUAAUUGUAUGAAUGGUGAUCAAAGAAUGGAUGAGUUGUACAAUGUUUUCUUUCCAGUAUUUAUAUGCAUUAAUCUGCAUAUUGAUUUCUACUUUAAUUUCUGAGAACUGCAGUACAGGACCAUUGGAAUGAAUUUUGGAUUCGUAAUGUGAAGUUUUUAAGAAGAGAAGUUGAAUAAUGUUCAUUUAUUUUGCAAUGAAAGACAGUUCACUAAAAGUUAUACAGUUUUAAAAACUUGUAUAAGAAUAAAUGUAAAUUGUAACAUUUCAUAAAGCCAGUGCAACAUUUUCAAACACUAGCAAAUGAUUUUGUUUAUAUAAUUAGUGGAUGUGAUGUUAAUUUAUAUUUAAAUCUAGGUUUUGGUUUUAUAUGAUAGAUUUUAUAUCUAGUAGCCCAAUCAUUUAGAAAUUUGAUAUACAGUCUUUUGGGACAAAAAUAUAUAUCCAAAUUAAUUUUAUGAAUUCCAACUUAAGUAACUAAAAAAAAACGAAAAUAAAUGGAAAUAUUUUCACAACCUAUUAAUAAAAGAUUAAAUUUCUGUAAAGUUUAUGAAUAAAUUCCAAUUGUUAUUGUAAUUUCUCUUAUUUAGUAUUUAAGGAACACUGCCAAAGCAGCCAGGAUAUUAAAUAAACGCAGGUUUAUCUGCAAUUUGUACAUUUUCACUUUGAUUCUACUGCCUAGAUAGAAUGUUUGACGGAGGAGAUGCAUUUUUGGAAAUUUUAGGCAAUGAUGUCACAUAACAAUGGAUCACCAUUAAAUUUUUAUGUCAGUCUGUGUCAUUCUAUCAAUGAAUAGCAUGGACCUUUAUUCAUUCAACCUCAGAACUUUAACAAUGCUUUAAACUCUUGAAAACAGUUUUGGCAGCUACAUCAUGUAACCUCAUAUUCAAAACAAAAACCCAAAAAAUAAAAGUUAAGACAAAUGGCAAAUAAAAAUAAAGAUUGCUUUUUAUUUUUGAAUUGUUACUUUAUUAACUAGAAUAUCAGCUUGCCUUAAGGCUCAAUAUUCAUGUUGAUAAAGUCACUAUUAAAAAGAAAACAUAAGUCUAUGUGAUAUUACUAGCUUCUGUGGUCAUAUCAUGCUGUUCUAGGUGUGUAGACCUUUAUUUAAGUGUUCUAUGGAAUAUUUGAUUUUUCUUGUUGUUGCUCAAGAUAGUGUAGACUGUAAAAGUGAGUGUUUCAGAAUACAUUAUGAAGAUAAAUGAAUGAGAGUCUGUUUCACUCAAUGUUUGAAUGAAAGAGAAAUUUGACAUGUGUAAAAGAGAAAGAAUGAAUAAACAAACAAAUUUUAUUUUCAUGAAAGGCAGCAAUGUUUUUAUUUGAAAGGUUAGCCCAAUUGUUUAGUCCAUUCAUCAAGGUAGAGGAUUUUAAAGACAAUUUAGAAUUCAUAACAAGCCAUGCAUUCUUGAAUAAUUUUUGUAAUUGUAAGUUGUAUAUUAUUAUUGUAUGAUGGUCAAACCAAUGAUAGUUUAUUUCAAUACAAAUGUGUAAUGUGUGUUUCUUGCUAUGCAAAUUGUAUUUUUUGCCAUGCAAAUUGUAUUUUUUGCCACCAAUUGGUUAUGUUAUAAUAGAUUUGGUCACACAGAUGAUAAAGAUAUUGUCUAAUGAUUUGUUUUUAUUUAAAAUGAAUAUGAUAUAGAAUAUCCCGAUGAGAUUUGUUUAAAUGUUUGGUUUAUCUUGCCAAUUAUGUUGCAGUUGUGAUGACUUUACACUGCUAUUUUCAUAUGCCAAUUUAUUUAUUUUUUUGUGACUUGCAUGAUUUUUAUUUUUCCUGAGCACGUUUUUUCAUUCUUGUAAUUAGUAUUUUGUCUUUCCAUCAUUUAACAAAAUAUGGUCUGAAAUGUAUUAUUCUGUGUAAGCAGAGUAUAAAAUGUUAUUUGAAGAUAAAAGGUUUUAACAUAGUUUCUUUCAUAUUGAUUUAUAUUCAUGGUAAAAAUAACAACAAUUGGACUUAACUAAUGACUUGUGACAGUUUAGUUGACCCUUAUUUUUCAAUAGAAUAUCUAACAGCAUUUAUUUACAUUUGAUCUAGAUAUCAAGAUUUUUUUUAACAAAAAUUAAAUAGUCUAUUUGUUUUGACAAGGAAAGAAGAAAAUGUAAAAAUUGAAACCAAAAUAAUCAUGGUCAGAAAUCCAUAAAAGGCAGCCAUUUCAGACCCAAAUCCAUUCGAGUCAGUCACUUGUGCCACAAAUCCAUUAUAGGCAGCCUCUAGCUGCAAAUCCACAAAACGCAGCCUUUAAGGCCACACAUCCAUUUUAGCUAACCCCUAAAGCCACAAAUCCAUAAAAGGCAGCCAUUAAGGCCACACAUCCAUUGUAGGUAACCCCUUAAGCUACUAAUCCAUAAAAAGCAGCCAUAAAUGCCACACAUCCAUUGUAGGCAGCCACUAAAGCCACAAAUCCAUGAUUGGUUUCACUCAAGUCACACAUUAAUUUUUGGUAUCCAGCAAAGUCACAAAUCCAUGAGGCCAAUUUUUUUAAAAAGUUUUAAGGAAAUUAAAAAAGUUAAAAUUCUCAUCAUCCCAUUAUGCCUAACAUUUUCAAAUUUAAUUGUUUGAUGGAGUUGAUGGUUUUUUUUACAUUUCUCUACCAUAUUGAUGCCAUUUUGUUAUUUAGCACUUACAUCCACACGACUUUGUUAUGUUUUUUAGGUUCAAAUGAUGGUCUUACUCUAUCUUAACAAGGUUUGGGAAAAUGUAUAGCUGUUAUUUUUCAAGGGUGUAAUAUUCAACGAUUUUCAUUGAGUAUUGGUAUACAAAAUAUUUUGGCAGUUAUGAUUUUGGAGGAUUUAUCAAUACCUUUGCUUGUACAGUUUUAAAAUGGCAGAUUUAUUAUGUUGAUUUUGUUCUAUCUGUGAAAGGAAGUAAAGAUUUACACCCUGCGAAAUAACCCAUUAUAAGGUUUAUGCCUGUUUUACACACUGAUCAUACUAAUUUUUUUUUUUCCAUGAUUACAUGUAUAUGCACAGAUCUCAGAUUGAACCAAAAUUUGUUCUUCCCAUAUAAUUAAUUUGUUGUAUUAUUUGUUGUUUGUGCCAAAACCUACUGGGUUGUGCAAUGAGAUGUUGAACCUGAUGUGAACAUUGUAAAUUUUGUAUAUUAUGUUAGUCACUAUGUUUUUAAAUGCAAAACCAGAUAUGUUCAGGCCAUACUAUUUGUUUUAAUGAGCAAAUGAUCUUUUUUUAUUUCUGCAUCUAUAAUUAUAACUUAUAGUUCAAAACAUUAUUGUCUUUCGGCCUACUGAUCUUGUAUUUAAAUUGAUUUUUCAUUUGUUCUAUUGUGAUAAAUCAGAUAAGAGAGAUGAAAUGAAAAGGAAGGAAAGGUGUGAUUUGUUUUGGAACCAUUUUCUUAUUUUAAUUAAAUGAUUUUCCAUUGCAUCAAUAAAUGAGUGAUAUUUAUAAAUUUAUCUAUUUUUCUUUUAUAGAAAAUAACAUGACCCCAAAAUGCUUUAUAGGAAGACUUCAUAAUUUGUUUCCUUCUUAUUUUGACACACUGAUUUUUUUUAAUUGAUGGAGAUUUCUUAAUGGAAAAUAAAAUGAACCACCAACAAUAUUUUUUGAUCAAUUGUCAUGAAAUCUAAAGACUCUGUUAAAAUGACAAGGUUUGCUUCCCUUUGAUUAUGUUAUGGUUGUAUAAUUUAUGAAAUUAUUGAAUUAUGAUAAUGUAAAUUAAAUUGCAUAGGCAAUAGCCACUUUUUAUUUUGAAUUGAAAAUCUUUAAAAAUUGUAUCUCUACAGUAAAAAAUGUGUCUGUUAUAAAUCACUCACACAAAUUAAAGGAAGCUUCUUUUAUCAAUAUGAUAAAUUGAUGAUUUGUUUGAAUUAUUAUUUUUUUUAAUUUUUUUUUAUUUUUUUUUUUUUUUUUUUAUCUCAAACAGUUUAUCCAAUGCUGAUUCUGAAUCCCUUAAAUAUAACAUUUCCUAAGGUGCAUUGGAUAUGAAUUGACCUUAUGGAAGUGCAUGUACAUGUAUAAGACGUUUAUUAAUGUUGAAACAUUUAAAUACAAAAUAAAAUAUGACUUUUGGUCUGUUUUUAUUUUUUCUUAUUUCAACUCUAUUUCAAAUAUUCAUUGAUUUUGCAAAGGGAUUUUUUUAAACUAAAAUAAUUAAACAGAUGUAUUGUUAUUCCUUUGCAUACAUCUUUUUCUAGCCAAGGCAGCUCAAAUGUAUUUACUUAAUGAGAUUGAAAAUUUGGCAGAAUCAAAAUCAGAUUGCAAAACUAAAAGUUUGACAUUUGUUGAAACAAGAGCUAUGCUGAUUGCAUAAAUCUAUAUACUGAUUGACUGUAAGUUCUCUUAAUAUUAGUAUAUUCUUUUUUGGUGAUUGAUCAUUAUUCACUCAUUUGUGUUUUGUUUCAAUGCAAUUUUGUAACUAAUUUCUCUUUAAAGAGAAAAUAAAAUAUAUUUAGAUA